AUGGAUUUUUGGGAGUACAACCUCAUGGCUGAUGUGAGCUGGUAUUGGAGGAAGUUGGUGCAUCUGAGAUCCUUUCUGCCCAGAGGUACCUUGGAGGCUGCGGUUUCAGGUAGGAAGCUUCAGUUGAACAAGCUGUAUAUGUUGCUGCUUCAGCAGAGUAAAGUGAGGUUUGCCAAAGUGGUUUGGUGCAGCAUGUCUCUUCCGAAACACAUAUUUGUUCUCUGGCAAUCUGUCCUUGGUCACCUUCUGACCCAAGACAAUCUUAUUCUUCGGCAGAUCCCUCUUGAUUCUCCCUUAUGCCCAGUUUGUGAGAUAGAUUUGGAAUCACAUGCUCAUCUGUUUUUUGACUGUUUGUACUCUCAGCAGGUUUUGAAUAAGAUUGCUGAUUGGUUGGGAAUUGCUAUUUGGCCUUCAAAAUUCUAUGAUUGGAUUGCUUGGAUGGAUGGGCGGCCCAAAGGUCUUUCCCAACGAAUCUUGGUCGUUGCUUUUGCUGCUACUGUCUAUUUCAUAUGGCUGAAUCGUAACUCUUGA